AAAAAUCACAAAGAAAUGUCGUUUUUCCUCUUCCUGACAAUUAUACAUUUUUGUUCCUUUUCAUAGCAUCUCCAUUUUGCGCCACGAAACGAACACACUGGACAAGAGAAGAACAAACCGCAUUAUUCACUAGAUUCAAAAAUGAAGUAGAGAACUCACGCCUACCACCAGGAAACGAUAUUACUGAUUGCAUACAGAGAGAUCGGAGACUGUCACGCCUUUCAAUGCCACUAAUAGGAACAUGAUUACACAACAUUAUUAGUGGGAAAGUAAAGAAAUGACUACGAUAAAGCAUUAUAUUUUAUAAUGCUGUUAUUUGUAACGAUAUUGUAAGAGAUAUUUUGAUAUCUCUGAUCUCGAAACGAAGUGAUCUUAAGUUGUUUCAUAAUUUUCAAUAGCUCUUCUUACAAAUACGAGAAGCUGUUAACAAACGUAUGUUACAAUGGCAACUAGAAAAAUUGGCACGCCCUUAAAACCAGAAUACUUGUUCCAAUAUUGUACAAAUUACGUAACUUGAUUGAUUGAUUGAUUUAUUUAUUUAUUUUGUUUGGUGUCGCAUGUUUGGGAGAUUGACCCGAGCGACGGUUGACCGCCGACGUACGCCGUGUCCUAACUGCCUGUCGCGCUGCGAUGAUAUCGCGUGUAGCUGAGCCGCAGCUAGAGUGGGGACAAGGACCACAUGCUACAUCCGUACAAGUACAGGGUGGGGCAGAAAUAACUCCUACAUUUAGAAAAUUCACUAUGAAGUUAUCAAAGCAGUUAGAGAAGGGCGGUCUUUUCCAUUAAAUAGAAUAUAUAAUAUAGUUUUCAGUUGUCACGAUGCCGUGCUCAGGUAUACAUCGAGGCUUCGUAGUUGAGUCAUCUUUUAAAAAUGGCGAAUUUGUAACAUCGACGCAGAGACAGUUUCGCACACGGUUCGGUUUACGUGCGAAUGAAAAUGUUCCUGACCGGAAAACGAUUUUGCUGUGGGUUCAGAGUAAAGACAACAGGAUCUGCAAUGAAGAGGAAACCACCCGGACGUCCCAAAAAUGUAAGAACCCCAGAAAACAUCGCAACAGUGGGGGCUUCGAUUGAACUGUCUCCAACGCGUUCAGCACGUAAACAUGCCGCAGCUCUUCAAAUUUCCGAAAGAACUAUGCGGCGAAUUUUGCAUACUGACCUCCAUUUGCAUCCAUACAAAAUUAUGGUUGCUCAGAAAUUAUCUCCAGAAGACUAUGGAAGACGUCUGGAUUGCUGUACCUUGGGCAGGACGGUCCGCAGAUUUUAUACAACCGGGUCUGUGAUGCCGCAAGCCAGCGAAAUAGAAGAGUGUCUACAAACGAUCACGUCUUGGAGGCCGUACAGGAGGAUUCCACCGUCAGUGUGCGCGAACUGAGCCGCCGCUUAAAGUAAGCCAUAGUACAAGAUAAUUGCAGCAAUGAUUAAUUAAAAAAAGGAGCGUUAUGUAAUAGUAAAUGUUUUUUUUAUUUUAUUCUAGUAUCAGCCGAAUCAAGCAAGCGUCGUAAGGCUUGCUUCUGGUCGGGAGUGUACUCUGUGAGGCCAGUGGUUUCUAGGGCCUCAUCGGUGCUGGGAAAGGUCCAUCUCUUUGCCCCGAUCUGGACGGUAGUGUGGAGCCGACCUAGCAGGUCUACCCCGAGAAGUAGGGCGUGGCUCAUGGUGGGCAAGACAGCGUAGCGAUGACGGAUGGGCUGUCUGUUGAUGGACACCUGGACGGUGAUCUCCCCUCUCAUGGUGGUGUGACUGCUGUCGGCGACUCGGACGGUCAGUGGGGUCGGGCCCCAAUGUGCGCCUAGUUGCAUACAGUAGUGGGCUAGGUCCUGGCGGAUAUAGGAGCGAGUAGCUCCGGUGUCGACCAGCGCGGAACAGCGGUGGCUUCGAACUGCAAACUCCAUGUAAAUUUGUCCGUCAGCGUCUACUGGUUGGUUGGAGGCGCUGUUGGUGGGGCUAGCCGGGCGGCGCCUCGGCUGGAGUUUUCCUCUUGGAGAUGGCAGGGGCAGUCACUGGUGCGUCGUCCAUUGGUGCCGCAGUAGCUGCAGAAUAGCUUCCCUGGUUGCCGGCAGAAUAGUCGGGUGUGGUGACGUUGGCCACAUCCAGGGCCUACAAGCUCUACUCUUGUGAACUUGAAGCACGAUUUUAACUUGCGCCCGUCGGGGUGAUGGCGCUACUGUCACUCCUUUCGCGGCAUUGAGUUAAUAUUCUGUGUACGUUUAUUCUAUGGCGAACGCGCUCGGCAAAGUGCGGCAAAAUUUCAACUCCAUAUAGUCAUAACGUGAUAACGAGUGCAUGCAAGUGCAUGGUGCAAGUAAGUGCUGUGUGCUGCUGUGUGCUGUCGGUUCUGCGAUAGUGUUUUAGUUCACACCGAUUAUGGAUAAUAAUAAGAGGUAAAUAGUUAUUAUUUUUAUACAAAUACUAAAUAAUUACUAAAAGAAAAAAUACGGCUUUUAUAUAUUUUGUUACAAUACGAAAGGGCAGGGUGGGUUUUUCCCGUGCUUUCUUUUGUCCUGCUUUGUCCUUUCCUUUCAAUUCAUUUCAAUUGCAUUUUAAAAGCACUUAAAAGGUGUCCGAAUACUUUUUCGGCUCACAGUACAUUUGAUUAUUUAUUGAAAUCAUAUCUAGAAAAAAUUUCGAAAUUAUUAAUUAUUAAUUAUUAAAAGUUUCGAAAUUAUUAAUUAUUAAAAAGGUAAAUAGUUAUUAUUUUUAUAAAAAUACUAAAGAAUUACUCAAAAUAUAUAAAAGCCGUAUUUUUCCUUUGUUACAAUACGAACGCGAGGGACAGGGUGGAGCAGGGCGGGGCUGGAUGGGUUUUCCCCAUGCUUUCCAUUGUCCUGCUGUGUCCUUUCCUUUCAAUUCAUUUCAAUUGCAUUUUAAAAGCAUUUGAGGUGUCCGAAUACUUUUUCGGCUCACUGUACAUUAUUUAUUGAAAUGAUACCUAGAAAAAAAUUUCGAAAUUUUUAGUUAUUAAUUUUUAAUUUUUUCUUUAUGUAAAUAUGUAUUUAUAGUUCCCACAAAAAAUGUGCUGUACUGAGGUGCACAAACACCAGGCAGCCGAUGUUCAGCUUCCUCUGUCUGUCGAAGGACAGCGAUAGAUGUUUAAAAUGGCUUGAAGCUUGUGAAACGGAAGAUCUAUUCCAACUCCCUCCCAACCGGUUGAGAAAUCGAGUGGUUUGUGGGGACCACUCCGAAAUUCAUUAUCGCGUUGGAUCAAAGCUUACAAGUCAUGCAGUACCAAGCUGCAACUUACCAGCACCUGCCACAUCUAUCGAGCAACAGAAGGAACUUGUAAUGGAAAUUGAAGAAGAAGAAGAACAUCAACCUGUGCUCACCGUUCGAUACCAGGACAACGUAGGACCUAAGGACAACGUGAGACCCAAGGACAACGUGGGACCCAAGGACAACGUGGGACCUAAGGACUACGUGGGACCUGGGACCAGCAGAGACUCCGACGCACUUGCUUAUAAUGUGCUUCCUGGAUCAUCCAGAGGUGAGUGUAUUACCUUAUAAUAAUAUUAUCUUCUAUUGCAUUCCUUUUUUUUAGUUAUGAUAGGUAUUUAGUAUUAUGCGUGUCAUUUAAAAAAUGCUUCUAUUAAUUCUUUGUUACAAUUACAGGUUGCACUGUCCAAAGGAAUCAAGUUCAAACAGCUAUCAGGAAAGGCCUUAAAGGUAUUAAAUAUUUUUAAAAAUACUAGAUGUAAUAGUUAAAUAUUAUAUCUACCGGAAAGCUCUGUCCGUUUCCAUCACAACAAGUCUCGACACGUAAGCACAUGUUUAUUUGGUGCAUGUGUGCCUCUCUAUUUUUAUUAUAUUAUUUCAUACAUACUGACAUAGCAAAAUAAGUACGUGGGGAUACGAAUUGCGAAUAUGAAGAAUCCGGAGGCUUUUUAGUCAACUUAAAAAGAUUGUUGUCAGUUGCUCCACGUGCAUCGACGGAUGAAACUAUUUCCAUUGCAUUAAAUUUUAAUGUUUCGAGUGCACCUGAAUGAUCUAUUCAGGCUGCCAUUCUAUACAGGGUGUAGCAGGACGGGUGGUACAACCCAACAGGGGGUGAUACUACAUGUAAAAAUAAGUCGAAAAAAAGGAAUAACAUUUUUUCGUUUGACGCUUCGUUUUCGAGAAAAUCGAGUUUGAAAAUUCUAUGCAGUACGCGUGGCACUGGACUGUCUCCCCAAGCCAUUGUUCGCUACAAGUUCAUGACUCACUAAUAAGGCGAACAAUGAUAUGUACGCGUCAACAAGGGCAGCACUUUGAACAGUUUAUUCAAUAAUGUUAUGUAAUUAUCGUUAGUAAUGACAAUAAAACUAAUAAACAUUAACAUUUCUUAUUUAUAAUACAUAUCUAAGCCUACAGGCGGUCCAGUGCCACGCGUACUGCAUAGAAUUUUCAAACUCGAUUUUCUCGAAAACGAAGCGUCAAACGAAAAAAUGU